AUGAAAUCUGUGAAUAUUUUGAAAAUGCUAGAAGCUAACAAAGAAAAUAGAAACUUUUAAUUUGUUUAAAAUAGAUAAACUAGAGUUUAAUCUACUCUCUAUAUUAAAGAUGAGUAAUCUCAAUAAAAUAUUAAACCAAGAGUUAUUAGAGUUUCAAAAUGGAAUAAAUCACAAAAUAUAAGAGAGAAUGGAAAAAGAGAGGAUCAAAGGCAUAUUAGUUAUGAAAUGCCCAGAUAAAAAACUGAUUAAUAUUAGCAUAUUUAAAGAACUUUAAAAAAUAGAAGUUUAACAAACAUCUAGAUUUCUAUCAUUAAUUAAGCCCAUAAUAAUAAUAAUAAUAAUAAUAAUAACAAUGCUUCAAUAUCAUUACCUAAUAGUAAUAAAUGUAAACUUUAUUUUUUUAUUUGUAGAUUUAAUUACAAAAGGAUUAGAUAAAUUUUCAUCAACAGAAAAUUAUGGUAAUCCAUAAUUAGUCAAAACUUACAAAUAAGAUAUUUAUAAUUAUCUUGAAGAACUCAAUCAAAAUUAAUAAUAAUAGUUAUAAAAUGCUAUCUCAUAUAAUGCAUUUUAUUCAUAAAGUUAAAUAACUCUAAAAAUGAGAAAUGUUCUUAUUAAUUGGCUCUUUGAAGUGCAUCAUAAACUAAAAUUACAAUUAGAAACUCUUCUGCUUACUGUAUGGCUUAUAGACAAGUAUAUUAAAAUUUAUUAUAAAGAUUUAUUGAAACCCAUUUAGUAUAAAAAAAUAGAUUUCAACUUUUUGGAAUUGCUUGUUUAUUCAUUGCAUCAAAAUAUUAAGAAGUUUAUGGUGUUCCAAAAAGUGGUUAAUUAUCAAAACUGUGUGAUGAGGUUUAUAGCAAAGAAGAUAUUUUGAAGGCAGAAGGUUAGAUACUGUAAAAUAUAAAUUUUAAUCUAUCAUUCAUAUCUCCACUUCGAAUAUUUGAACACAUAGCUGAAGUAGAUGAUUAAAUUAGGUUGAUUAUAUAAAUUUAAUUAGUUGAUAUCUGAUAUAAUUGGCUUCAUUUAGCUAUGGAUUUGCCAAUGGAGACCCUUUCUUAAUAGUAGGAACUAUUUUAAAUAUUGUUGGGAAAGUCUCGAACAAAAAGAUUGAUUAAUCAAUGUUAAAGGUAAAAUCAUAACUUUUAGCUCUUAGGUUGAUUCUAACCAAAUUAAUAAAUUAACAAAGGAGUUAAUUUAAACUUGGUUUUUAGAUGAAGUUAGUUAACCAUUUCCAUCCCUUAUUAAAAAGUAUUAACUUUCUCACUACAAUCAUGUUUCAACAAUUAAUUUUAGUUAAGAUCUAUUUUUGUGA